UUUCAAUUCUUUUUAACGCACAUACACCAAAUGACAUAGAAAGAAAGAGAGGACGAGAGAGGGAUGGGUGAGGAUAUGCGAGUAGUGAAAGUAGAAUCAAAAUGGCCACCGAUAAUAGUAAUGGUAAUAUCACAAGUAGCAAUGGGUUCGGUGAAUGCACUUGUGAAGAAAGCUCUUGAUGUUGGUGUGAACCAUAUGAUCAUUGGUGCUUAUCGAAUUGCUAUUUCCUCUUUCAUUCUGGCUCCUAUCGCCUAUAUUUUGGAAAGGGAAAUAAUACCGGAAAUAACGUUUAGGCUAAUGGUCGAUCAUUUCAUCAGUGGAUUGCUCGGGGCGAGUUUGAUGCAAUUUUUCUAUUUGCUUGGUCUGUCUUACACGUCAGCAACUGUUGCGUGUGCUUUGGUAAGCUUGAUGCCUGCAAUCACCUUUGCUUUCGCUCUUAUUUUGAGGACUGAAAAGAUAAAAAGUCUAAGAACCCAAGCAGGAAUGAUAAAAGUGAUGGGAACUAUUAUAUGUAUAAGUGGAGCUUUGUUCUUAACAUUUUACAAAGGCCCUCAUAUAUCAAACUCUCACUCUCACCAAGAGGCUCUUCCUCACAACAACAACAGCGAUCACAACACAAAGAAUUGGCUUCUUGGAUGUCUCUACUUAACCAUAGGAACCGUGUUGAUAUCUCUAUGGAUUUUGUUUCAAGGGACUUUAAGCAUCAAGUACCCUUGCAAAUUCUCAAGCACUUGUCUCAUGUCAAUUUUCGCAGCUUUUCAAUGUGCUCUAUUGAGUCUUUACAAGAGUAGAGAUGUUAAAGAUUGGAUCAUCGAUGAUAGAUUUGUGAUCGGUGUCAUCGUAUAUGCUGGAGUGAUAGGACAAGCAAUGUCGACGGUAUCAGUGACAUGGGGGGUGAAGAAAUUAGGAGCUGUUUUCGUAUCAGCAAUUAUGCCAAUAGCUCUCAUUUCGGCUAGUCUAUUCGAUUUCAUAAUCUUACACACUCCUUUAUACCUCGGAAGUCUGAUUGGAUCAGUAGGGACAAUAACAGGUCUCUACGUGUUCUUGUGGGGUAAGAACAAAGAUAUGGAAGCAUAACUACAUUGUCUUCUCUAAUGAAUAACGAAGACCAAAAUUAAAUAUUAGUGUCGUAUUAUUGUUCUUAGUUUCAAAACCUCUGUUUCUUGGAUUUUUUUUUUUUUUUGUGUGUGUGUUGCUUUUAAAUGUAUCAAUGUGUUGCUAAAACAGUCUGAAAGGGUAAUUUUAUGUGAUAUGGACUGUAAUUUUUCGAAAAG